UCCACAUGGGUCGAGCCCAACUACGCAUCAUGGGCCUAGCCCAGUUAAGUUCGGUUAAACAAAAGAGCGGAUGUAUGACGUCAGACAAGAACCCAGAAAAAAUGGGGUGUGGUUGGAAAGCGUGCCUGAUCCGUCAUCUCAUCUCUGGUAAUUAAUCUUAGUUAUAGUUCGCGCUUGAUUUAUACACGCCAUUAAAUUCCCCCAUUACUUUUGUAUCGCUCCGCCGAACCAACCAACCGACCAGUCAUAAUAAAACGACGUAGCUUUUGCUGUUGUGUCGAAGAAGAAGAAGAGAUGGGGAGCAACGAUGAGCUCAAGUCGGACGCUUUCCUGGAGCAGAUGAAACAGCACCUCACCACCGACGCCGGUAAAGCCAUCGUCAAGAAGACCGGCCUCGUUUACCAGAUGAACAUCGCACCCAAGAAAAUCGGGUUCAAUGAGGUGAGUUUCACCAUUGAUCUGAAGAAAGGGGAGGUGAAGAAAGGGGCGUAUGAAGAAGGAAAGGCGGAUGCGGUGUUUUCGUUCAAGGACGAUGAUUUCGUGAAGCUAGCGCUGGGGAAGAUGAAUCCCCAGAUUGCUUUCAUGAGAGGAGCCAUAAAGAUUAAGGGAAGCAUGAGUGCUGCUUACAAAUUCCCUUCCGACAUUUUCCCCAAGCCUUCCGAGAUGUGA